AUGUAUGCAAUGUUUGAAAUAAAUCUAGAAUCUACAGUGUCUCAGAUUGAAAAGGAUAAAAUGUUGCUACAGCAUAGAACUAAUGAGUACCAAAGAAGAAAGAAGGAAAAUGAGAAGAGGAGGAAUGUAGCAAAUGAGGUUAAUGUACUAAAGGAUCUGUUGGAAGACUUAAAGACAAUAAAUCAGAAUUCACAGCUUGCUCAUGAGAAACUGGCACAAUUACAAAAGCAGCCAAUAGAAGCCAAUGACUUACUCAGGACAGAGUCAGACACAGCUGUGGGGUUAGGGAAGAGUCCCACAGAGAGGAGCAAGGCAGUCAGUGAGCUGGAGUCCCUAACCAGGGAACUGCAGGAGAGAAAUAGAAUUUUAGAGAAUUCCAAGUCACUAAUGGACAAAAACUAUUACCAGCUGCAAGCUGUGUUGGAAGCUGAACGAAGAGACAGAGGUCAUGAUUCUGAGAUGACUGGAGACCUUCAAGCUCAAAUUACAUCUUUACAGGAGGAGGUGAAGCAUCUCAAACAUCAUCUUGGAAGAAUGGAAAGAGAGAGAAAAGAAGCUCAAGAUAUGCUUAAUCACUCAGAAAAGGAAAAGAAAAAUUUAGAAAUAGAUUUAAACUAUAAACUUAAAUCAUUACAACAACGGUUAGAACAAGAGGUAAAUGAACAUAACAUAACCAAAGCUCAUUUAACUGACAAACAUCAGUCUAUUGAAGAGGCAAAAACUGUUGCAAUGUGUGAGAUGGAAAAAAAGCUAAAGGAAGAGAGAGAGGCUCGCAAGAAGGCUGAAAGUAGGGUUGUUCAGAUUGAGAAGCAGUGUUCCAUGGUAGAUGUUGAUCUGAAACAAUAUCAGCAGAAGCUUGAGCAUUUGAUGGAAAAUAAAGUGGAGCAUGAAGUUAAGAAUCUAAGUCUUCAGUUGGAGCAAGAAUUAAAUAAGCAACUGUUGUUACAAAAUGAAUUGAAGACAUUUGAAACAGAUAAUUUAAAAGGUACAGAAAAGCAUAUGAAACAGGAACUAAAAACUUUAUUGAGAGCAAAUAAAUUGUUAGAAUUCGAGUUAGCUCAGUUUACAAAACAAUACAGAUGAAAAGAAGGAGAGAUGCAGGAGCUGCAAGAUCCACUUAAAGCUGAGCAAUAUUUCUUGAGACUUUAUAAGACCCAGGUAAAGGAACUUAAGGAAGACAUUGAAGAAAAAAACAGAGAGAAUUUAAAGAAAAUACAAGAACUACAAAAUGAGAAAGAAACCCUCUGCACUCAGUUGCAUCUAGCAGAAACAAAAGCUGAGUCUGAGCAGUUGGCUCGAGGGCUUCUGGAAGCGCAGUAUUUUGAAUUGACCCAAGAAAGCAAGCAAGCUGCUUCAAGAAAUAGACAUGAGAUGACAGAUAAAGAUCACACUGUUAGUCGGCUUGAAGAAAAGAGCAUGCUUACCAAAGAUAUUGAAUUAUUAAGAAAAGAAAAUGAGGAGCUAACAGCUAAAAUGAGGAAGGCAGAGGAAGAAUAUAAAUUGAAGAAAGAGGAAGAGAUUAGUAAUCUUAAGGCUGCCUUUGAAAAGAAUAUCAACAGAGAACGAAUCUUUAAAAUACAGGCUAUUAAAAAGUUGGCAGAAAUAAUGAAUCAGGAAGAUUUUUAAAUUGAUAGAAAGAAAGCUAAUACACAGGAUUUGAGAAAGAAAGAGAAGGAAAAUCGAAAGCUACAAUCGCCAAGUGUCACAGGCUUCAGGGUUAAGAUCACGGUCACUCUGUCCUUGCUUUGGCACACAAACACAUUGAGGGUUUCUUGUUUCUUGUUUUUCUUCUUAAUUGCGGGUUUGCCUACAGGUAGAUCAGAUUAA